AAUAUUAAAUUGUGAAAAGUUUCAAAACUCAAUGCAGACCAGUUAAAAAAAAUUGUGCAAAAUUUUAUAACUUCGCAGUUGCAGAAAAAAAAUAUUAAACGAAUUUUGGAUUUUCCUUUGUGUUUCUGAAAAAUAUUAAAAGCUUUCAUACCACUUUAUAAAUUUGUUGGUAAUCAUCUUCUUUACGAAACUAAUUGCCAGAGAAAACAAGAAGAAUAUGUAUUGAUGAUUGAAGAAGUGUCAUUGAAAUCUGCCGUUGAGUAAACAAUGAAUGAGUCAAACUUUAAUGAGCAAAUUUUAAAUUAAAUCUUGACAAUUAGUGUGAAAAAUCUAAAUCUAAAUUGGAUGCAGUAGUGAGCAUUGCUGCAACUGCAUAAAAAGUGAUUAAACGUGUUUUUUUUUCUUCAUCUCAUGCAAUGUCCAACUUCUUGCAACUUUACAAAUGCUACUAAAUACGUUCAGUUGAUGUUUUAUUUACUUUUAUAUUACUACACACUUUUGGAGUUGUCGAUGAAUUUAUGAAUAUUGGAACGAUUUUUUAAUUUAAUGCAAGAAAGAAGCUCGUUUGUAAAUCUUGUGUAGAAUGAUCUGCGAAAACAUUAAACUUAAAUAUCAUACUGCAACAGAGAAGAAAGAGACAAUAAUUCAAAGAUACACGAUGAUGCAGACGACGACCUAACAGCAUAAUCAUAACGGUUCAAUUUACGCAUAAAGAAGAAAAGAAAAGAAAAAAAUAAUCAAAGAAAGUACGAGAUUAAAGAACAUUGUCGAAGGUAAAACGUAGAAGAGAGAAGAAGAGUCACGUUUGCAGAGAGUUGAAUUGAGACUCCCCACAAUGCCCGCACUUCGUUUAUUUGGUCGGAAAUGGCUCUUCGCUUCCGACGAUUUAGUUUUUCCCGGCACAUUCGAAAUUUGCUUCCGGUUGGUAUGGCUCGCAUUGAUGUCUUGUGUGAUAAAUAAAUAUUGGCACAACACUUACGCAUGUGAAGAGCACGGUUUGACGAUAAGAAUCUACUUAGCAGGAAUAAUUGCCAUCAUUUGUGUUAACUUGAUUUUACUGAUGGUGAUUGUGAAUCGAAGUGCUCAAGGCGGGAUAACCGACACACAAAAUCGAUGGAUUGUCGCACCGCUAUUGACAAUCAAAAUCUCUUUGAUUUUUCCUGAAACAUUUUUCAAUGUCUUUGGAACCGUUUGGGCUUUUUGCGGAACUAUUGGAUGUGAAAAUAAAGAUUUCUAUUCAAAGACAGUUAUUGAAAUCACUGUCAUACUCAAUUGGAUUGUUUUCGGAUUGAUUAUGUUUGGCUUUGCAAUUGUUUAUAAUCCACUUGGAUCAUCGAAAUAUCGAAAAGAAUUGGAUCAAAAUGGACCAACAGAAACAACACUUCAUAAAAAAGUGUCAAAGAUGUGGAUAAAGCGAUUUCGUUGGGUGUUUUGUUGUCUGAGAAGAGACGAAUAUGGACAAGAAGCAUUCAUGCAAGUCGCAAGUUUAUUGAGUGCACUUUUCCGUGGCACUGAUUUGGUGCCAUCUGACAUCAUUGCUGGUGCAAUUCUCUUGAGAGUUCGACAGAAACGUGAGACUCGUGAGAUGCGACGAAUUCGAAUGUUAAAUCCUGAUGAUGGUCCAAGGUAUUCAACUGACAUGUCACGUCUUUUUGCGACAUCACCACCGUGGAUGACAAUUCCAAACGCUCGUCACAUGUUGAGAUUUGCACUCGCAUCUUAUGGAUGGCCGAUGGUUUGUUAUCUAAAAUGUUGUUCUGGUUGUUUUAAACUUCUCAAGAACAUAACAUGUUGCGGUUGUUGUCGUAAUCGAACAGAUGUUGUCGCCGACAAUUGUUGCUUGUGCCAUUUCGGUGGAGUCAUUGAAAUCUCACGACUUCGAUCCGAAGACAUCAUUCAUGUCAACAUGAAGAAUCAUAUUUUUGAGUUACCAUACUGCAUAUUAUUAGAUCAUAAGAAGAAACAAAUUGUUGUGUCAGUGCGUGGUAGUUUAUCAUUCCGCGAUGUUUUCACUGACUUAACCGCAGAUGCUUUAGAUUUUCAAGCCCCUGGAUUUCCACCCGGAUCAGCAGCACAUCGUGGAAUGGUAAUUGGUGCUGAAAAACUUUUAAAUCGUCUUCAAGAAGGCAAAUUAUUGGAUCGUGUUUGUAACACUUACGCAGAUUAUACGUUGACCUUAACUGGUCAUAGCUUAGGUGGCGGUGUGUCAAUUCUCAUAGGUGCGAAACUGAGAGAGAAAUAUCCAGAUUUGCGUGUCUAUGCUUUUGCAACGCCAGCUGGCUUAUUAAGUCGAGAAGCAGCACGCGUAACUGAAUCAUUUGUUUUUACCGUCGGCGUUGGCGAUGAUUUCGUGAUGAGACUUUGUGUGGAAUCGGUCGAAAAUAUACGAACAAACGUCAUUGAAACGUUAAGAGCUUCCAAGUUACCAAAGUAUCGUAUCAUGCUGAAUGGAUUUGGAUAUACGAUGUUUAACAUUCCAUCUCGCGAUUUAGAGACCACCUGGCGUGACGUGUCAGAUUUAAGCAUUCAACAGUCAGAAGCCGCACAAGCUACAUUAGACGUUGACCAGAUUAAUGCUGAAGCUGCACUUGUAUCUAAAGAAAUCUCAUCAAGAAGAUUUGCCAAGACACGACUCUACACAGGCGGAAGAAUUCUUCACAUCAUUAGAAGGAAGAAAACGGAAAUGGAGAAAAAAACGAAGACAGGCGGUCCAACGUAUGAGAUGCGAUGGUGUCAACCAGAAGAGUUUCAAGAGUUUAAAGUUAUGCCACGAAUGGUGCUUGAUCAUCUUCCUGAUAAUGUUUUUAAGACACUCACCACUAUUAUAGAAGAGCAAAAAAAUUACAAAGAGUCGAAAAUUUCACUUGAGAGUUUGUGAUUAUUUCUGGUGUUUAAUUUUUGCUUGUUUUACUUUAAUGAAAUUCCAAGCAUAAAAAAGAGAAAAACGAAGUUUAAUGGACAUUGCUGUGAUAUUUUUUCUGAUCAAAGAAAAAAAAAGAGUUAACGUAACUUCGUUUAAAUGCCUUUAAUGCAUGAAACAUAAUUAUAUUGUUACGUGUCUUAAAAUGAUUUUAAUCAAAAGUUGGAAAACCCUGAACCAAAAUCGAAACCUUUGAGCUUCCUUGACAAUGAUGUUGUGAUGGAUUCUGUUGAAAAUAAAGAGGAAGCCAUCCAACAUUUCUGAUGUAUGAUGUUGAUUAUUGCUUGGAGAUUGUUAAGCAUGUAAGAACAGACAUUCCAUAGUUAUUAUUGCCAAUAAAGAUUUUUUUUUUCUUUUGAUCGUAACGAA